CUCGAAACAACAACAACAACAAAUAACAAGCUAGCAUGGGCGCUUCGGACAAGCUUCUCGGCGGGGCGAUGCUCGGCGUCGCUGCCUUUGUGUUUGUCUACUACACGACCUGGGCGCUGUUCCUCCCCUUCGUCUCCCCCGACUCGGGCCUGCACGCCGCCUUCCCCCCGCGCGAGUGGGCGACCCGCGGCCCCGCGCUGCUGCUCCUCCUCGGCCUGGCGGGCAUCGGCGCCUUCUUUGCCAAGGUGUCUGCGGCCGAGGCACGGAAAAAGGCCCAGGCGGGCAAGAAGGUCUGACGGGGUGAGCGCGAGCGCAGCGAGCGCGCCGAGCGGGCGGGAGACGAGCGAGAAGGUGGUAGCGCCGCCGACGAGCGUACCCCGCUCCUCCCUGCCGCUCAGGACUGAGGCGAUGACGGUGACGGCGACGACACGACGCAGUACAUUGAUGCAGCAUAGAUUUCAUUGCG